AUCAUUAAAUAUGUUUUGUGAAAUAUAAUAUCAAAGAAUUCUUCCUAAAAAAUUCAACCCAUGUGAUGCUAUAGUUAGUAGUAAAUUUAAUAGAAAAAAACUUCAUUUUUUGUUUUGUUUUGUUGACUUGCACUUCUACAUACUCUAUAUAAACACAACCAUAUUAGAGAUCAGAUCGCCAAAACCACUACUCUUCUUCAUCGAUCAUCAACAUGGCUAGAUCCUUGUUUCUCUCGCUAACUCUCGCUGUCCUCUUCACCGGAAUGGUCUCAGCUCGUGACUGGAACAUCCUGAACCAGCUCAAAGGAACCACAACCACAACAAAGACUAGCCAGACCGGCCUCACAUCUUUGAAAGGACCAAACCUAAACGGAUACUGCGAAAGCUGGAGAGUCAACGUGGAGCUUAACAACAUCAGGGACUUUUUGGUUGUGCCACAGGAAUGUGUAUGGUUCGUCCAAAAGUACAUGACCUCAUCUCAAUACGAGGAUGACGUGGAGAGAGCCAUCGAUGAAGCCAUCCUCUACCUCGGAAAAACUUGUUGCGAAAAGAAGAAAUGCGAUGGCAUGGAUGCUUGGAUCUUUGACAUUGAUGACACUCUUCUCUCCACCAUUCCUUACCACAAGAGCAACGGCUGUUUCGGUGGUGAGCAACUGAACACAACCAAGUUCGAGGAAUGGCAAAAGUUGGGCAAGGCACCAGCGGUUCCAAACAUGGUGAAGUUGUACCAUGAGAUCAGAGAGAGAGGUUUCAAGAUCUUUUUGAUCUCUUCUCGUAAAGAGUAUCUCAGAUCUGCCACCGUUGAAAACCUUAUCGAAGCCGGUUACCACGGCUGGUCUAACCUCCUUCUCAGGGGAGAAGAUGAUGAGAAGAAGAGUGUGAGCCAAUACAAAGCAGAUUUGAGGUCAUGGCUUACAAGUCUUGGUUACAGAGUUUGGGGAGUAAUGGGUGCACAAUGGAACAGCUUCGCAGGUUGUCCAGUUCCCAAGAGAACCUUCAAGCUCCCUAACUCCGUCUACUAUGUCGCCUGAUCAAAUCUUAUUUACUAACAAAACAAUAAGAUCAGAUUUUCAAUCUGAUUCUUGAGUCUUUUUUUUGUCUCUCUCCCUCGUUUCAAAUGCUUAUGAUCCAUGAACCAUGAUCAUCUUUGUGUUUAUUUUUCUUAUUUAUAUUACCAUUUUGGGCCUUUGUGAAAUUGAUUUUGGGCUUUUGUUAUAUAUUCUCCUCUUUGUCUUUCUUUA